GACAAUGUGUAAUGGCAUUAUGACAUUGCUGCUUGGGUAAAUAUAUAUAUUUAUUUAUUUAUUUAUUUUAAAGCAGAUGCAAAGCGGCUUUAAGGCUGGACUUAUUGUCUCAAUCAAGACACUGAAUGCAGUCACUGGAAAAUGUAUUUGGGCAGAAUUCUCUGUUUUUUUCCCCCGGAUAGAAAAUAGGUCUCUGCUUCAGAACAAUAAACCCAGUUAAGUCAGAGCAUUGUGGAAACUGGGGAGACUGCUUUCCCGAAGUGCAUGGAGAGGAUGGAUUCACCGUCUGUUCCGAUCUAACCGAAAGAGCCUAGCAUACUGCAUUGAGAAAAAGCUGAUGGCAGUAAUGGCAUCUUCUUUUCCCAAAACAUUCCGAAGGGGAUUUCAUCGCCAUUCAUCCUAAAUAAACUCAGAGAGGAGACAGCAACCAUGAAAACGCCAAGAUCAUUCCUGUUCAUUGUCCUCCUACAUCAUGUGUGGUGCAGGAAAGCCAAACAGCAGUACCAAACAGCAGCAGAGACGGUGCUGAUAGAGUGGGGGGAGGGGGACCAUGAGGAGGAGUUCUCCCCCAGUGGAGCCGGGGCCAAUCCCAGAGUCCUCAACCCCCUGAGGCUAUUCGCUAGGGGGGUCCCUGGAGCCCCCGGGACCGUCGGGACCCCCAGCCUUAAACACAACCACAUCAGGGACAUGACAUACCUAGAGAACAUGGAAGACUUCUGGGAUUGGUUAUCCAACCAGACAGAUGUUCAGGCCAGCCAGGCCAGAACCAAGCGACGACCCAUCAUCAAGACAGGCAAGUUUAAGAAGAUGUUUGGCUGGGGAGACUUCCACUCCAACAUUAAGACCGUCAAGCUUAACCUGCUGAUCACCGGGAAGAUCGUGGACCACGGUAACGGAACGUUCAGUGUCUACUUCCGCCAUAACUCCACUGGCCUGGGGAACGUUUCGGUGAGUCUGGUGCCGCCGUCUAAAGUGGUGGAGUUUGAGAUGGCUCAGCAUUCCACACUGGAGACCAAAGACUCUAAUGCGUUUAACUGUCGUAUCGAGUAUGAGAAGACGGACCGCAACAAGAAGACGGCUCUGUGCAGCUUCGACUCCUCCAAGGUGUGUUACCAGGAACAGACGCAGAGUCACGUCUCCUGGCUCUGCUCUAAGCCCUUUAAAGUCAUCUGCAUCUACAUCGCCUUCUACAGCGUGGACUACAAACUGGUGCAGAAGGUCUGCCCGGACUACAACUACCAUAGUGACACACCCUACUCCUCCACUGGCUGAAGGUCUGCCCGGACUACAACUACCAUAAUGCCACUCCCUACUCCUCUACUGGCUGAAGAUCUGGCGGACUACAACUACCAUAGUGACACUCCCUACUCUUCCACUGGCUGAAGGUCUGCCGGACUACAACUACCAUAAUGCCACUCCCUACUCCUCUACUGGCUGAAGGUCUGGCGGACUACAACUACCAUAAUGACACUCCAUACUCCUCCACUGGCUGAAGGUCUGCCCCGGACUACAACUACCAUAAUGGCACUCCCUACUCCUCUAGCUGAAGGUCUGCCCGGACUACAACUACCAUAAUGACACUCCCUACUCCUCGACUGGCUGAAGGUCUGCCGGACUACAACUACCAUAAUGGCACUUCCUACUCCUCUAGCUGAAGGUCUGCCGGACUACAACUAGCAUAGUGACACUCCCUACUCCUCUAGCUGAAGGUCUGCCGGACUACAACUAGCAUAGUGACACUCCCUACUCCUCCCUGGCUGAUCCCGUCUGUAGCAUGUACCUGGAUCUCCCUUAGAGUUAGUUUGACCACAAUAUGACCAACCCUGGUCGACCGUUCUCUUAGUUUGACCACAAUAUGGCCUACCCUGGUCGACCAUUCCCUUAGUUUGACUACAAUAUGACCAAUUCUGGUUCGAUUGGCCUAACCAAUCCUUCUCUUCCUCCUCCUCAUCACCACAGUGUGUUCUCAGUAAAUCCCAGUCCAUUAGAACAGUCCAGAUGUGUGGUAUUGGGGUAGACCAUAGACUCUCACUACUACAUGACACCCUGCAGACCUGUACAACAAUGUUAACAUCAAAUCACUUCUCAAAUCACAUUUUAUUGGUCACAUAUACAGUUAAAGUCAGAGGUUUACAUACACCUUAGCCAAGUACAUUUAA